CAUGCUAAUUAGUUCCAGUGACGUGUGAUCACAUUGUUGAAUUAUGUCAUCCUACAAGAGAGAAAGACGGUCCAGUCAAUCUUCUGUUCGUUCUCUGGACAGCACUGCAUCUGCACUGGGAACCAAAAGUAGCGCCGAGAGUGCAUUCUACGAGGAGUGCCGCACUACAUACAUGUCCAUGUUCAAGUCCACAAAUGAAAGGAUCAACUCGAAACAACAGUUGUACACUCUACUUAACAGAUCCGGGAGGUGUCCAUCUAAGCGUUCUAUGUCGAAAUACUGGCCUAGUGACACUGAAUAUCUAAUCUACACACACUUCUGCAAGAUAAUGCGAGAAGAAGCGAGGCAAGAUUACAGAAAUACGCUCAUCUCUCUUUUCCACUCAUUUGACCCGAAUAACUCAGGGUCACUGUCAAGGGAGACUCUCGAGUCUAUUUUGACGUCAACAGGGGAACCAUUUUCACCGGCUGAGCUGGACGAAUUGUUCAGACUUUUCCAACACACUCGUCGACCCGAUGAUUCGUACGACUACACCAAAAUUAGUUCGAAAAUCAACGAAACUUGUAGCGAAACCGCUCGUGCUCACAAUAUAGUCCAACCCUCAAUUUCCAACCGACCCAACAGCGCCCGGAAACGCGUGAACGAAAAGAUAGUCGAAAAAAUGCGCGCCAAAAACGAACCGAAGGACCUUGCUGUGUGGGACCAAAUUCCGCAGUUCGGAUUUCUGCGUUAUGAAGAGAAAGAACUCGUGAGCACUUCGUUCACUCUAUCUCUCUCUUCUUCAAGUGCAGUUUACCUCUCAGCCGAACCGAGAAAUGUGAUCCACGUCCCGAAGAAAGACUUGGACAUUCUUCUGGUUUGCAUUAAACUGGAUAGUUCUGGAAAUUUUACACAGAGUGCUUACAUUUCGGAUUUGUAUGACGGACAGACGUUUUCCCUCAAAGUGGAUCUACCACCUGGCUCUUAUUCAGUAAUUCCGUUCACAAUGGGCAGCAGGUUCUUGAGACGGAAGACGCAGCCCAAAACUUGCAAUUUUAUACAAAAGGACGACGACAGCAGUCCGGGUGAGUUGUCGGAGGAGUGUAAGGAGGCGAUUGAGACCCUGUUUGAACUAGUGGAUGUGGACGGAGAUGGAGCCAUCAGUCGAAGUGAGCUGGACAUGUUCCAGAUGUGCUGCACUGGCGAGAAGUUCUCAUCAGAAGACUGGCAGGUUGUCUCAGAAAUGUGGGAGACUGUGGAUGACUGUAUCACUCAGAGUGGCUUCAAGGACAUGAACAAAAUGGAGGCGAAGGAAGAUGAGGAGGGUCUGUGGAACAGCUUCACCAAGAUGGGCUUCAACCACGCCCUCCAAUUGGACCAUUGUUGUCCAAUCAAAUUGAAUCUGCAUGCAGAGAAGGGUGACGUCAUGACAGUCAAGGUUCAAGCAAAGAACAUCAGCUUCAAGCAGAUUGAGUCUCUUCUGUUUGACCUCACUCAAAAGUCUUCAGACAAGGCAGCCAAAGGAGUCAUCCGGACCAAGACUAUCGAAGAUGUGCACGUGACCACAUUCAAGCAAGGCCAGAUGGGUUUUAUCAGUGUCCAGAACAGUGGGAAAAGUUCCAGGCAAGUGAGACUUGAUUUGUCGAAGAGUUCCAACGUAAAUCUUGGGUCUGAGUUCAAAGACAUUGUCAUUGGUGCCCAGAGCAAGAAGGUAGUCCAACUAUUAGUACCACCGGAUCCAUCCAAAGAGAUUGUAGUCAAAAUGGCCGCUGAAAUUCGAUCCUGAUGACUGUCAAAAUUGUCUUCAAAACUUUAAAUCUGAAAUUGGAUAAUUACUUACUAUUUGUAAAAACAAAUAAACUUAAUUGCUUUUCGAAAGAACAAGAUAUUCCACCUGA